AUGUCACUGGCAUGCGACCGAGUCUCUGGACACCGAGAUGCCUCUUACUGGGCCGACGUAGCCAUCUCUGAAGCUCUCAGGGCAAAGCUUCACCUGGACCUUGUCUACCUAUCACCAUCUUCCCCUAUAGAUGUCCAAAGACUACGUCGCCGUAUUUGGUGGUGUUGUUGUAUCCUCGACAACGUUGCUUCACUUGCCACGGAUCGGACGCCCAAAAUCUCAGAACAGGACUUCGAUGUCCAAAUGCUUGAAAUAGCAGACUUCCACCCGCUGACAGAGGUCUACGGAAACGCGAGAUAUCAUAGCUGCGAUAAUCUCACGCGCCGUGACGAGCAGAACAAUGCUGAGGACCUGGCUCAAGUGUGCAUCCUACAGGCAACUUUGUGGAAGGUCGGAAAAAGGAACCCGCAGAUCUCCACGAGUGACGAUGAUCGCCUUUAUAAUAUCAUGUCUCAGUCGUCUCUAUUGGCCGGCGACUUGUUCACCUGGCUUGAUAGGAGCCUUGUGCAAUGGUACGAUUCCCUUCCCUCUUCCAUCAGAGACCACGUUAUUACAUCAAGCGAUGGGCAUGAUAGAAGAAACAUGGUAAUUCUCCUAAGCCAGACAUUCUUACGCGUGGUAUAUCAAAUGACUGUUCUGAAAGCCUGUCAAUCGAGGCUCAGGAAUUUGAUAGAAACAGAAUUCACGUCAUGUUUCGAAAUGGAGCUUUGCCAGCUUCUCGCAGAUAGCUCAGCGAAGCACAUCAUCCGAACGAUUGCGGCUGUCGACGACAAAGGCAUGGGACACUUUCUACCACCAAUAUCAAGGAGCAUCGCGCUGCUAGCAGCCAACUUCAAAGCCUCGGCUGCAAUAAAACAGUCGCGUUGA